UGGAUUCGUCUGCGGUCGCCACAGAAUCGUGAUACUGAGCUGAAUCUCACUCUGCUGAAGACCCGAUGUGUGUUUAACACCAGUCUUCGAAAUCUGCUAUCAAAGUGAGUGCGGUUUCCACGGAUGACCCCAAGUCCAAAAUUACACAAUUAGCUGAUUGACCCUCGAGUCAACACAUUGGAACGGCCCUCAGAACCGUAGAAAACUGCCGUGCUGCUGUCAUUCCUUUCCAGUUCUGUCAGGAGAAAGAUUCAUCUGAUUAUUUUGCCUUGUGUUUUGUUGAUCUGCACUUCCAUUUCGUCCUCAGGCUCGACUGUGAAAUUGACGCCUCCCUGUCGACUCCUCCUGGCUCGAUCAGAUUGGGAAGGUAGAAUGGAGCCUGCGAGAAUCGGUGUGGUCAGGGAGUCCAUGCUGUCUAAUCCUCUUUUAAUGAGGAAUGAGCUGGGAAAAAGUAGCAAACGAGGAUUUCGGAUGCCUGGGCCCGAUUUUGUGUAUGGAAAACCAUACAUCGUCAGAGAUGGAGGUGUCCCAGAAGUGUUGACUAAAUGGAACUACGUGACUUCAGCUCCACGUCCUGGAAGUGGUGGUCAGAAGGCACUUCAAGACUUUGUGUCUUUGAACAGGGAGGCAGUGAAGUCCGGGCUGGUGACCGCCCAAGAGCACUACCAUUACCGGGCCUUACACGAUUACAAGUACAAUCCCGUCAAAGUGGGACCCUGGAUGAAGCAUCAACGCCUCCCCGCUGACAUGACCUUUGGGCUCCCAUCACAGGUGGGUGAUCCCAUUUAUUCCUUGAUGGAGCAUCGAUACCAGCAUGACUGGCUGAAGGAGCAGCUGGCAUCUCAGGAGGCCCGUCAGGCUAAACAGCAGAUGAAGAAGGCUAAGCAGCAGAAGAUUAAGGAGACUCGAACGACUCAUCUGCGAAAGAGCCUGCCAGGAGAGGAGCAAACCACAUUCUGGCAAAUGCCUCGCUUUCAGAAGGUGGGCCCACAUCUCAGCACUUUCCGUGAUCCAGAAGAACGCAGGAAGGCCUUCCUUGCUCACAGCUCUGAUUCAACAACCCGGUUUGGAUAUCUGGGACAAGGAAUUCAUACAAUCAGUUGAAGGGGACAACGUGAUCGACGCUACCCAAGACACCUUAGGAAGUCACCGCCUUUCUUCUCAUUCAGGAUGUGCAUAGAUAUUUUCAAAGUGGUAGCCUAGAAGCUUCAUUUCAAUGUUGGUUAAAACUGUAAAUCCAUAUUGUUGAUUCUUCCUGAUCUAUAUCUGCUUUGACUUGCGUGACUUAACGCUGUUCUGGUUGGUAUUGACAUGUAAUGAUGUGGUGAGCUGGGGUGGAGAGGGGAGUUCAGGGAAAGUGCCAACACUUCAUAGCUUUUCUGACCAACAUUUUUGCAGUAAGUCCCCCCAAUGGAGUCAGAUGUGGCCGUCCUUUUGUUUGUCACUUCAGACGUCUCUAUUUAGCAUUCGGGCCUCAGAUCCGUGAACAGAUCGCAUAUUGACUAGACGGCAUUUGCUUGAAUCAGUAGAAUCUCAAUCGAGCUGAUGAAUGGGUAUGAUGAUAACGUCCCAACUACAUGGGCAUUCAUAUCAAUUUCAGGGUCCCACUGGCUUCUCAGAUUUGUGUUACCAUACAAAACACUGAAAGUAAUGUCCUAAAACUCGGUACAGCUUCUAAAAAAAAAAAAAAAAAUCCCAAGUCAUCGUAAAACGUGCAAGCAAUUUCCAAAUGUAAUAUCUCUGUAAAUAUCAAACACACUUCUAACAUUUAGAAACUGAUGGGUCUUAAUGUUGAUUCUUUUUAAUUCAAACAUUCACACACCAAAGAUGAUCUCCAUAAAUGGUGGAAUAGUGAAUGGUGUAGAAGUUUCGCUUGAUGGGCAUGCAACCAGACCACCAGAGUGAUAAAGAUAAGACCCCACUAAACAUUGUCACUAUCAGGGCCAUUUCAGCACAUUUUUGCAUUCAUCUUAUUACCAUUGUUGGUUUUGGUUUUCAUCUGCUCUCCAUUUGCAUUAUGAACUGAGCAGGGCUCUACAAACUCUUAGAAGAGGCUUGGCCUUUAAAGUUAUCUCCUCAAAAACAUGAAGCACACCACAAUAAAUGCCAGGCUUCCAAAAGCAAAAACACCCAAAAGGGAGUCAGGCUUUUAAAUCUCAAAGAGUGAGAGGGGAACCCUAAACCCCUGGCCCAAAGAGCAAAAGAACAAAGCUUCUUGGGAAUAUUUCUGGUUGAUUACUCAAGAAAGUUCAAUAAAACAGGAGCAAAAAUGUUCUGUAAGGUUCACCUACAAGCCAAAUAUUUAACAAAACCCAGUUUGAAAUCUACAUAUCAAUAACCUAAAACAAAUUAAAGAAAUACAAAUUAAAAUGAAAUAGAAAAUCUUAAAAGAGCAAAUACAAAACAAGAAUCCAAAAGCAAGAGAAAAACACCAGAAGAGAACAAAUGCUUCGACAUUAGUACCGAGAUCUCGCAGCUUAUGUAUAAGGCAGAGGGCCGCCCCCCUUAGGCUAAACAUACAAAGACAGUAAGUAAAACACAAAAUGAUUAGUAAACAAGACAACACCAUUAAGAAAUACAAAACAAAAAGAAAGAUUAUAGAACAUUCAAUAGCAUUAAACACAAAAGAAUUUCUAAAAAAAACAACAAAGUAAUCAAUAAAAAGUAAAGAAAUCCAUAACAAUUUACUUACUGGUGCUCGCUGUGUCACAUGCCUAUGACAUCAUCUGCUGUGGCCAUUGCCCAUGUGUUAGACUGUCAUGUCCCAAGCAACAUUUUUGUAUAAUUGCCGACUGUGACUUCCCUUUGACCAGUUAUGUUCGUCCACAGUGAUAUCGGAAAGCAAAAGUCAAUUCUAUCUUUCAAGCAAACUGGAAAAAACCACAAACAGCACAAACAAAAGUCUUAGAAAGAUUUUCAAUUUGAGGUCUAUUUGCUAACUCGGGUACAAAAUAGCCACUAAGAUGACCGUUUAACCCCUCACCUCAUUGACCCCUUGAUGUUGUGACCCUUGAGGCCGUGACCCUGGCAACUAGGAUCUGGGUGACCCUGGCAACUAGGAUCUGGGUCCACAAAAUGGUGGCCACAGUCACAGAACAAAAUAAAAUGGUGUCACAGCAAAAUACUAGAAAGUUCUUGAGAAAUAUGUUAAAACACCAAGUUUGACUUCAAAAUCAGAACACCCGAGAUUCAGAACCCAGUCAGAAUCCAUUCAUGACAAAGCUCCAAAAUGUAUUUAUGAAAAAUACCAAUCCUAACACGAAUGAUGGGAAAACGCUAGUGUGUUUAUUCAGCCAUCCUAAAAGAAAAACAAGUCUAAAACUAAAUAAAUGUGUUUGUAGAUUGUUUGUUUCAAAAUGAAACCUCCAUUUGUUGGGUUUUAUUUUCUGUAAGAAGGGACCGGGAGCUCUGGACUGAUUAGCAGACUCCAGAAAAAUAGUGAAGAGCUUUUUAGUUCUGUUCUUUAUUCACUUUUGAAGUACUGGGCCCAUAAUCAGGGUCCUCUAAAUUACGGACCCUGUCAGAUUUGUGACUUGUAUUUGUUAAGUAAGGAAAGAAAAAUCUGCAUAAAAAUAGUUUAAAGUUAAAAGGAUAAGGACAUGAAACAAAGUUUUUUUUUUUUUUUGGGAAGACACAAAAAUCAUGAUGGAAAAAAAAAUAUAAAAAAGAGGUCCGAAACGAGGGAAACCUGUUUAGAGCAGUUAGAAAGAAUUGUAGUUAGAGAAUCAGAGCAGACGUCCAAAACCAAACUAAUCAGGAGAAAUGAAAAAAAACAAAACAAUUCACGAGGUCACCAAUGAAGGUUUGUCUUUGAAUCCCAAAACCAGGAGGUGAGCCUGCUGGCCUGCUGUCUUAAAUAGUCUGUAAGUGAUGACGUCACAUGACACCGACCAUGUGACCACAACCAGCAUAGCAACCAAUAAACAACAUGGCCACUAGCACAAGAAAAUGACACGAAAUAGUGACACGGACAGCAAAACGACUCACACGAUAGCGGUGAUGUGACAUUAUUGUCACAAGUAAAAACUUCAAACUCUCAGAACUCUGUAGAACUUCAAAGUAAUGAGAUUCACAACAGCAUUUAUGGUUCAGGGACCUUGAUGGAAUGAAUUUUCUGUUUUUUGACCACAGAUCACCUUAUCUUACAAUUCAUAUAAUUUGUUUGUUUCUUUGGAUGCAUCUUCAAAAUUAAAUUAUGAUUCUGCCGGCUUA